AUGGCCUAUGACCGCUACAUUGCCAUCUGCAGACCCCUGCACUACGGGACCCUCAUGGGCAGCAGAGCUUGUGUCAAAAUGGCAGCAGCUGCCUGGGGCAGUGGUUUUCUCAAUGCUCUCCUGCACACUGCGAACACAUUUUCAAUACCACUCUGCCAAGGCAACACAGUGGACCAGUUCUUCUGUGAAGUGCCCCAGAUCCUCAAGCUCUCCUGCUCAGAUGCCUACCUCAGGGAAGUUGGGGUUAUUGUGGUUACUGCCUGUUUAAUGUUUGGGUGUUUCAUUUUCAUUGUGCUGUCCUAUGUGCAGAUCUUCACUGCUGUGCUGAGGAUCCCCUCUGAGCAGGGCCGCCACAAAGCCUUUUCCAUGUGCCUCCCGCACCUGGCCGUGGUCUCCCUGUUUGUCAGCACCUCAUUUUUUGCCUACCUGAAGCCCCCCUCCAUCUCCUCCCCAGCUCUGGAUCUGGUGGUGGCUGUUCUGUACUCGGUGGUGCCUCCAGCAGUGAACCCUCUCAUCUACAGCAUGAGGAACAAGGAGCUCCAAGAUGCCCUGAGGAACCUGGUUCAAGUGGUAUUAGUUCAGCAGGAAUAA